UUGUGGCAGUUAGUUUUUCCUGAACUACCCAGAUACUACACACGAGAGGAUGCAGAGAAUGCAAUGAGGUACAUCAACGGAACGAGGCUGGACGACCGGAUCAUUCGUACUGACUGGGACCACGGUUUUAAGGAGGGGCGGCAGUACGGGAGGGGCAAAAGUGGGGGACAGGUCCGAGAUGAGUACAGAACAGAUUAUGAUGAAGGAAGGGGAGGUUAUGGAAAAAUAGUGGCUUCAAAGAUCAACCAAUCACGUGACCCAAUGUGAUCAUGUGAUCCCAACCUGUUAGGCUGUGUUUAUGUGUGUUUAUCAAACUGUUAUGUAAGGACAAAACUGCAAGAGACCGUCCCCUUCCCGAUUACGGAAGGAAUCGGUGUAAAAACUGCUAGCCCUACCUUCAAACAAAAUCUUCAUGUCAUGGAUGAUCUGUGCUCUAGGUGUAUUAUUUAUUCUUUGUAUUGAUAUGUUUAAGCAAUUAAUAUUGCGGUUAAUAAUCCACCAUCAUUUUUACCAACAUUUCAUUUUGCAAAGAAAUGACUUUGAUGUACACAUCUAUUGAAGAAUAAGUCAUGAUCAUGAUACGUUGCUUUUUUUUAGUGUUGGCAAAUCGGAUGAUUUUUAGUAACUGAUUACUCGCUUAAUCUUCUGUGCGAGUACCCGGUUACUCAAAUAAUUUUUUGCUAUAGUUUCCAUAUUUAUUAUUAAACAUAUCCUUUUACUUAUUGGUGAAAAUAAUCCGCAAAUGCAACAUAUGUGAAUUUUAAUUUAUUUACAAAAACUAACUAAAA